UGAGUCAUGCCUAAACAAAAGUUUACAGUUGUUAGCCCAAAGGACAAACCACCGCUGGAUUUCAAAAUAGAGAGUAAUGCUGCGGCCCCACCAUGUUUGCGCCUCCCUUCCAAUCACACGCUGCCAUGUCAUGAUUUUUCCAAUGGCGCGCAGCCACGUCAGCCCGUAGACGCAGUGCUUAGAUGGCUGCGUUUGGGUUCGGCACCGCUGGAAAAGGAAAACGGAAACCUUAUUAAUGUUGUUCCUCCUCUCACUGCGGGAGUAACAGACCGCACCGCACCGCGCCGCGCCUCUGCCGGGCGAGAGAAGGGUUCGAGAAAGAAAGGUCUCUCGCUUCUCAUGGCCAACGAAGAAGCCGAAGCCCGUCUCUCCGACCCCCUUCCCUCGCAUCCCGCCCCGACCGAUGACGGUCUCGCGAAAUCUCAGAUACCAAAUGCAUCCAGUUACCAACGCUCUCCAGAUGCUGCUCUCCAGAUGUUUCCCAUGAUGUAUCCUGCCCUCAUGCCAGGAAUGUUUCCUCUCCAGAAUACAGAAAACAACGAUCAUGGUCCAGGGAUCUAUGCUGUUCCAGUUCGUCCAUUCAUGGGGCCGAUGGUUGGGUUUCCUCCCAACACUCUUAUUCCGCUGAAAUAUAAUAUACCCACGAGGGAAAAUUCUGGAGCGGCUGGUGAACAGCAAGGACAAGCUAGGCAGCAACAGGGGCCUCAGAGACAAGUAGUUGUGAGGAGAUUUCACUUUGCAUUUCAGCUUGACUUGGUUCUCAUCAUUAAGUUAGCUGCAGUAGUUUUUCUGCUCAACCCGGAUGGAUCAAGACAGAGGCUCUUUCUUCUCAUGUUCUUUGCUUCACUUGUGUACCUGUAUCAGACUGGAGCCCUUAACCCUGUUAUAAGAUGGAUUAGACGAGCAGGAGCUCCUCCCCAACCCCGGCCCCCUGUCCAGCCAGAUAAUGGCCCUCCAGUUGCCCGGGGUGAUGCGAAUAAUCCUCAGCCUGGGGAAAAUCCUGCAGUUGAGAAUGAGAACCAAAACCAGAAUUUGGAUCAGCCUAUGGAAAACCAGGACCCACCAGCAGCAAAUGAGAACCAGAGAGAACCAGAGGGGGGGAAUGGUUUCAAUUGGUGGGGAAUUGUGAAAGAGAUCCAGCUGUUUGUUGUUGGUUUCGUCGCUUCUCUUCUUCCAGGUUAUCAUAACAAUGAUUAGGUUCCAUAUUGUGAUCCCAAAGCAAGCAAUCUAUUGGAUGUAGCUUUUUCGCAACUGAGACAUAAGCAGAACAAUAAGAAGUUCUUGUUUUACAGGAAGUAAUGUCUUUUUUGAUCAAUAUGUUUGUAUAUACUCAUAUUUGUUAGCAACGGCAUAUCCAUUUGCAUGGUUUUUAACUCGAGUGAUGUCGCUUCUGUGUUGGUCAG